GGUACGGCCCAAUAAUACAAACCUUGAGAUAACAAUUGAAUGAAUGAAACCACUACCACUAUCAGCAACUCAACAAUUAACAACAAUUUCACCCACACCAAUUUCAACAAUCUCAUCAUAAUCAAUGGCUGAAAGCGUGCUUUCUGUCGUCCUCCCUUUGCUCAUUGAGAAGUUGGUCUCUGAAACUUCGAAUAGCAUUGCUCGCUACAAGGGAAUUGAUGCUGAGAUUGAGAAAUGUCAGGAUUCGUUGAAACUAAUCCAAGACGUGCUUACUGAUGCUUCUCAGAAGGAGAUAACCAAUCAAGCUGUUAAACGAUGGCUGAAUGAUCUACAGCAUUUGGCUUAUGACAUCGAUGACGUACUCGAUGGUUGGGCAACUGAAGCUAUGCAUCGUGAGUUCACCCACAAGUCAGAAGGCAUGACCAGCAAGGUAAGAAAGCUGAUCCCAAGUUGUUGCACAAACUUCUCACCAACUAUUAAGAUGCGUGACAAGUUAGAUCGUAUUAACGCCAAGUUAGAACGUCUAGUUAAGCAGAAAGAUGAUUUUGGUUUGACUGUGGGAGGGGAAACUAAGCCAAAUAAUAAUAAUAAUAGAAGAUUCCAAUCCUCUGUUGUUGAUCCAUCUAGUAUUGUUGGACGCCAAGCUCAGAAAGAGGAACUGGUCCAACAGUUACUGUUACCAGCGGAAGAAGCAUGUGAUCGAAACUAUAGCAUUGUUCCCAUACUUGGUAUGGGUGGGGUUGGGAAAACUACUCUUGCUAGGCUUUUAUAUAACGAAGAGCAAGUCAAGGAUCACUUCGAAGUGAAGGCAUGGGUUUGUGUUUCAGACGAGUUUGAUAGCUUUCGCAUAAGCAAAGAGAUCUUUCAAUCUAUGGCAAAAAAGGAAAUUUCAGAUUUUAAUGAGCUUCAAGAAGCUCUCAGAGAUCACCUAACUGGGAAAAGAUUUUUACUGGUGUUGGACGAUGUGUGGAGUGAGAGACGUGAGGAUUGGGAAACCCUCGUCAGGCCGUUUUACACGUGUGCUCCAGGAAGUAAAAUCAUUGUAACAACACGGAAGGAUAAAUUGCUCAAAAUUCUGGGUUACAAUCCUCUAAACAAGCAGCUGGAGAGCCUGUCAUAUGAUGAUGCUUUGUCCUUGUUUGCUGUUCAUGCUUUAGGCGUAAGAAAUUUUGAUUCACACUUGUCACUUAAACCACAUGGUGAAGGCAUUGUGAAAAAAUGUAAUGGGUUGCCUUUGGCAUUGAUUGCACUUGGGACAUCACUGAGGACAAAAGAAGAUGAAGAUUCAUGGAAGGAAGUGUUAGAAAGUGAGAUAUGGAAAUUACCGGUUGAAGAUGAAAUCAUCCCCGCCCUAAGACUAAGCUACCAUGAUCUUUCGGGACCUUUGAAGCAGUUGUUCGCAUACUGCUCCUUGUUUCCCAAAGACUUCCUGUUUAACAAGGAAGAGCUGGUUAUAUUAUGGAUGGCAGAAGGGUUCUUGCACCAGCCAACUCGAAGUGAUUCAACAGAAGAACACUUGGGCCAUGAAUUCUUUGACGAGUUGUUGUCAAGGUCAUUUUUUCAACAUGCACCUAAUAAUGAAUCGUUGUUUGUGAUGCAUGACCUCAUGAAUGACUUGGCAACAUCUGUUUCUACUGAGUUUUUUUUAAGGUUAGACAAUGAGCACGAGAAGAAUAUUAGGAAGGAAACGUUGGAAAAGUACCGACACAUGUCAUUUGUUCGUGAGGAAUAUGUAGCUUACAAGAAGUUCGAGGCAUUUGAAAGAGCCAAAAGUUUGAGGACAUUCUUGGUAACGUCUGUUGGGGAGGUAGAAAGUUGGCGAGAUUUCUACUUAUCCAAUAAGAUUCUCACCGACUUGCUUCCCGAGGUACCACUACUAAGGGUUCUAAGUUUGAGCGGCUUUCAAAUAAGUGAGUUACCAGAGUCCAUUGGUACUUUGAGGCACUUGAGAUAUCUUAAUCUAUCUCGUACUUGGAUCAAUCAUUUACCGGAAACUGUUGGAAAUCUCUACAAUUUACAAACAUUGAUCUUGUUUGGUUGUAAUAACUUAACUAAGUUUCCCAACAGUUUCCGAAAGCUUACAAACCUACGGCAUCUUGAUGUUGGGGACACCCCGCUUUCGUUUCAGAUGCUGUUAGAGAUUGGCAAGAUGGAAAGCCUAAAAAUUACUCUCUCGAAAAUCAAAAUCGAAAGUGAAAGCGGAAGUGAAAUAGCCAAACUUAAAGACUUUAAGAAUCUAUAUGAAAAAAUUUCCGUUGUAGGUUUGGAAAAAGUGCAAAAUGCAACCUAUGCAUAUGAGGCGAACUUUUCACAAAAGAAGCUUAGUAAGUUGGAGCUUAUAUGGAGUGAUGAGCUACGUGAUUCACGAAAUGAAAUGCUUGAAAAGGCAGUCCUAAAUGAGUUGAAGCCUUGUGAUGAUAAGUUAAUACAACUGCAAAUCAGGUCAUACGGGGGAAAAGAAUUUCCAAAUUGGGUUGGGGAUCCCUCGUUUCUUUGUUUGAAGCAUGUGUCAAUAAGGGGUUGUAAGAGAUGUACAUCUCUACCGCCACUUGGGCAGCUACCGUCUCUCAAGAAGUUGGUUAUAGAAGGCUUAUAUGGGGUGGAAGCUGUGGGUUCUGAGUUAUUUGGGACUGGUCAAGCAUUUCCUUCACUUGAAAUUCUGAGUUUUGAUGAUAUGCCUGGGUGGAAGAAAUGGUCAGGGGCUGUGUUUCCACGCUUGCAAAAGCUUGAAAUAACUUGUUGUCCUAAUUUAGUUGAAGUCACACUUGAAGCACUGCCUUCAUUGAAUGUUCUUGAAAUAAAAGAUUGUCCUAAUUUGGUUGAAGUCACACUUGCAGCACUGCCUUCAUUGAAUGAUCUAGAAUUAUAUAAAUGUGAUAGUGGUGUGUUGAGAAGGCUGGUUGAAGUAGCAUCAGCAGUCACCAAGUUGGAUAUAAAGGAGAUUUCAGGGCUUAAUGAUGUGAUGUGGAGAGGUGUUAUAGAGUUUCUUGGGGCAGUUGAAGAUUUAGAGAUAUGGUGGUGUAAUGAAAUAAGAUACCUGGUGAAAUCAGAUGCAGAUGCAAGUAAGAUUCUUGUGAAGCUGAGGAAACUGGUUGUGUGGCAUUGUGAUAAUUUGGUGAGUAUAGGAGAGAAAGAAGAGGAGGAGGAUAAUUGUAGGAGCAACCUCCUAACAUCUCUUAGGACGUUGGAUGUGUCUCGUUGUAAGAAUAUGGAGCGUUGCAGCUGUCCAGAUGGCGUUGAGGAGUUGACUGUCUCCCGUUGUAGUUCAAUGACAGUUAUCUCAUUUCCGAAAGGAGGACAGGAGAAGCUCAGGUCACUUAGAAUCUGGCAUUGCAGGAACGUAUUGGAAAAGGAGUGGGAGUGGGGAGGAAAAAAAUGAACAACAACAGAAGCAGCAGCAUGCCCAUGCUUGAAUACGUAUGGAUAUAUAAUUGGCCAAAUCUGAAAUCAAUCAUUGAACUGAAUUGCUGGGUUCACCUCACCACAUUGAUAAUAGAUAACUGUGAAAACCUUGAGUCAUUUCCGAACAAUUUGACGUCGUUAGAGAAACUGGAAAUAGAGAAUUGUCCCAGAUUGGAAGUUUCCUUUGUUGGUGAAAAUUUGAGGUCGUUGGAGGAACUAAGAAUAAUCAAUUGUUCAAGUAUGGAUUCUCCUUUUUUAAGUUGGGUUUGGCCUCCCAAUUUGCGUUCCUUAGAAAUAGGAAAGUUGAAGAAGCCCUUCUCAGAGUGGGGUCCACAGACAUUCCCAACCUCACUUGUGAAACUCAAGUUAUACGGUGGUGGUAGUUGUAAUCAAUUUUCUCAUAUUCUUCCUUCGUCUCUUACUUCUCUUGAUAUAAGAGAAUUUGAGAAAUUGGAAUCUUUUUCAGUGGGACUCCAACACCUCCAAUCUCUCUCUUUUUUCAAUUGCCCUAAUCUGAAGAAAGUGUGUUCGCAUCCCCAACACCUCACCUCCCUCCACGAACUCUAUUUUCAUGAAUGCCCAAAGAUGAUGGAUCUACCAGAAAUGUUAUUGCCUUCACUCUUGAGAUUACGCAUCAGGGGUGAUUGCCCAGGAGGAGGUCUGAAAGAAAGAUGCAGUAAAAAGGGGAGUUACUGGCCCCUCAUCUCCCAUAUCCCCUGUAUUGACAUACAAUGAAGAUUCUAUCAACACUCACAACAGGGAGCAAAACCUUCGAUUUGAUUUAAAGAUUAUGCUGUUGGGUUCUCUUUUUUUUCUUUUUGUGGAUACCAAUUAGUGAUUUAUGCAUUGUUGAUGGUAAAUGUGGCGAUUUCAACCUUCUAUUAUAAAAGAAACGGGUGUAUUUUGCUGGUAAAGUGUUGCUGCAUCUUAGUUGUGUUCUGCAUCUAAUGAAUGAUUCAUCAGGAUGUGUACCAAUAUUGUAUUUUAUAUCCACUUGCUGCAUCGUAAAACAGAUUUGUAAUGUUUAUGUAUAUAAAAUUGACUUCAAAUU